AUGUGCACUGACGACAAGGAGCUCUUCCCUUCCAAUAUGACAGGUACAAGUGCGAACAUUGUAGACAAUGCGAAGAAAAGGACACCCGUACUAGAUAUAGAACACAUCGAAUGCGAAACCUGUCGCACGGCGCUGUUGGAGCGCAAGACACCCCCGUGCCAUUCCCCUUCGCUCCCUGGACUCGCCAUCUGGAAGCCUCUCCCAACAAACCAUCGGUCCGCCAGGGGGUACUUUGUCUACGGCUUCCCCCUGAGCAUGGACAAACUCAAACGCGUAGCCAAACGCCUCGGCCACCGCGACCGCUCCAACCUCGUCCAACAAUCCGUCCUCAUCGCUGCCCGUCUAGAGAUCAUGACCCAAUGGAAGCACGCGCUGUACUUCCAGUCCGGAAAGGCCGAUGCGCAGAGUGAGGAAGAGGGGAUGGCAGAAUAUAGCGGUUUCCAUAAGAUGCGCGUGGUCCCCUUGUUGGUUAUGGGGUGUAGCGCGAGUAGGGAGCUGUAUCAUCGACGGCCGACGCCCGAACAGAUGGAGGUGUUCGAGGAUUAUCUUGGGGAGGCGAGGUGGUUUGAGACUCCUGAGGCUAAAGACAAAUAUUCGCGGAGGGCGUUCACGGGGGUUAUACCAGCAUCCAGUUUGUCAUUUAUGCCGCUUGUCACCGACGACGAGGAUCCCACCGCCGUUUCCGUCGAAAAUGUUACGAGCGCGAGCGCUGAAGGCAAUUCAAAGAAAAGGAAACCCGUACUAGAUAUAGGACACAUUGAAUGCGAAACCUGUCGCACCGCGCUGUUGGAGGGAAGGACACCACCCUGCCACUCUCCCUCACUCCCUGGACUCGCAACCUGGAAGCCUCUCCCAGCAGACCACAAGUCCUCCCCGGGCUACUUUGUGUACGGCUUCCCCCUGCGAAUGGACAAGCUCAAACGCGUAGCCAAACGCCUCGGCCACCGCGACCGCUUCAGCCUCGUCCAACAAUCCGUCCUCAUCGCCACCCGUCUAGAGAUCAUGACCCAAUGGAAGCACGCGAUGUACUUCCAGUACGGAAAGGCCGAUGCACAAAGCGAGGAAGAGGAUAUGGCGGUUUACGAGGAUUUCUACAAGAUGCGAGUGGUUCCCAUUUUAGCGAUGGGAUGUACCGCGAGUAGGAAACUUUACCAUCGACGACCGACGCCGGAGCAGAUGAGAGUGUUGGAGGACUAUCUUGGAGAGGCGAGGUGGUUUGAGACACCUGAGACCAAAGAGAAAUAUCCGGCUUCGUCAUUCACGGGGGUGAUACCAGCAUCCAGUUAUAAAGAAAUCGUUAGAACAUAUGGUUAG